CUGUCCAACAAAUGGUGUGUUGCAGUUAAGAUCAUGACCACAAGAUGGCGGCAGACAUCAGGGACUAACACCCUUUACAAUUUAACCACUUUUGCCACAACAAAUUUUGUGUAGAGCCGUAAAACCUUGUGUAGUUAGUUUGCUUGCUAUAGUGGUAUGUAGGGGUGUGUGAGAGAGAUGUCAGAUGGCAAUCCAACUCAUAGUGUUACUCUUUGCUGCCGUUCAGUGGUCAUAAUGAAGAACUGCGAAAAUAAUCAGUUUUUGCUUCAUGGGACUUCAAGUACUUCCUGGUAAUACUUUCACAAUAAAAGCACAGUUCCACUAGGAAAUGUAAUAAUAGCGUCACUUUUCCAGUCACUGCAGUUUUGCUUCGAAGGGUCACGGGUACGUGUUGCGACAUCAAAUUACAUCUCUUUACUGGUGGAAGUCGUCAAACAGCUGAAUCUACUUAACUUUAGCAAGCAGGUGUGUCUGUCGAGCUAAUACUAUUCAGUACUUGAAAUAAAAGACAGAUAGCGGGCGGCUAGUUGCUAGUUGAGCUGUUCACAGACAUUUGACCCACUAAGGGAAUGGAGAAGGCCAAGCAAGAUGCAUUUGAUAAUGCCAGACUCCAAGUGAUCAAAGAUGGCUAUGAAAGAGGGUUUGAGUGCAUCAAUGAAGGACUGUCAGCAGAUGAAGUUGGGGAAAAGUCGCAGGCUCUGGAGUUGUACAAGCGAGGUCGACAGCAUCUUCUCAGGGGCAUCAGCGUGCCUUCUCGGGGCGAGGAGUGUGUUGGCAGCUCCUGGGAAUCGGCCAGGCGAAUGCAGCAGAAGAUGCAGGAGACGCUGAACAACAUCACCACACGCCUUGCCAUGCUGGAGACCAGUUGUGACCUCGAGUCUGCACCCACACAGAGUUCUAGUGACGCACACAUGUCUUCUGGAGGUCUGUAUCCAAAGCUCGACACCAAAGCAAAGCCAGAAAGACCAGCCCCACCAUGCCUAGCCACAGAAGCUGCAAGAGGCGUGGCUGCAAGCCAUACCCCAAUGGUUCCAGCUGAGCAACCACCAGCUUACUCUCCUCAGGCUGCUGAUGGCCAUGUCUCUAUCUCUUAUGGCACAGAAUCAGGAGAGAUGUCAGUGGUCGGGGAUGAUUUCUAUAGUCGUACAUCUACUUCCUCGUCAUCUUCUCAGAGUGUGGGUGAGGACGGAGAAGAGCUGCUUUACAUCCCUAAUGGUGUUCAGAUAUUCUUUGUCACACCCGAGGGGCAAGUAAGCGCCCCAUCAUACCCCGGCUACCUGCGGCUGGUGAAGUUCACCAGUGAUCCCUCGGACAGGAUGCCCAGUAGACCGCCAGCAUUUCUGCAGGUGUGUGACUGGCUCUACCCUCUCAUGUCUGUGAACUCUCCAGUGCUAGAGUGUAACACCGGAGUUUUUAUGUUUCCGGACAUGAUGGCGCCGGCACCGGGUUACUACGUCGGGGUUGUGUUGUCGUCUGAGCUCCCUGCAGCAGACCGAGCCUUGUUUAAGAACCUGCUCUCUCAGAUGACAGAUCUCAGGGUUCAGGCCGCAGAUGAAGCUGCAGACUCUGUUAAUCUCAGUCAGAAGGUAUCCAUUGCUGCACCUGAGGAGAGGGAGAGACCACCUGGAGCUGAUGAGGUGGCAUCUGCAGAAACCGAGGAGGAGAAAACUUUGCCUGAAUGGAGUGAAAAAGUGGCAAGUGGGAUCUUAACUGGUGCUUCCUGGUUAAGCUGGGGUUUGGUCAAAGGGGCUGAGUACACAGGCAAAGCUAUUCAGAAAGGGGCGUCUAAGCUCAGGGAACACAUCACUCCAGAGGACAAGCCCACCGAUGUGAGCCCCACUGUGACCAAAAGCCUCUAUGUGGCCAAGCAAGCAACAGGAGGCGCUGUUAAAGUCAGCCAGUUUCUAGUGGACGGUGUGUGUACUGUGGCUAACUGUGUUGGUCGAGAGUUGGCUCCUCAUGUGAAAAAACAUGGAGGCAAACUGAUUCCUGAGUCCAUGAAGAAGGAUAAAGACGGGCGCUCAAACAUGGACGGCGCAAUGGUGGUGGCUGCCAGUGGAAUGCAAGGAUUUGCAACUGUUUGGAAUGGUUUGGAAGCAGCUGCUAAGGACAUCACUACAAAUGUUGCAUCAGAAACGGUCACCACCAUAAAACAUAAGUACGGCACUGCGGCGGGACAAGCCACGGACAACGCUGUCAAUUCUGCCAUUAAUGUUGGUAUUACUGCCUUCAAUAUUGACAACCUGGGGAUCAAAGCUGUGGUUAAAAGAACUGGAAAGCAAACGGCACAGGCUAUUUUGGAAGACUACAAGCUUCAGGAAAAACCACAAAACGGGAAGGAAGUAGAGAAACUCACCAAAUAGCUGUUGAUAUUCUGCCUCAUUUUCUCAACAAUGCCUUAAAACUUAUUUACUAAUCAGAAAGGUCUAUAUUUAAUACUCAUUAUUUAUAAGAACAUGCUCUAUAUUUGCUAGGUAGCUACUGUGAUGUGCAUACUCCACACAUUGGUAUAGCUCUCAAGCACUUUAAAUAUACAGCAGCUGGAUCAACAUCCAGAAAGUGGAAACCAAAACUUGAAGCACAUUGAUAUGCUCUCCAUAUUUAAAUUAAGGGCAAUAUUUUACAAAUAGGAUAAAUAUUUAAAAACCUCAAGUAUUUUUGUGUUAGAUUAAAUUGAUCUAUAAACAACUAUUGCUUAAUUUUGAUCACAUAUAAUGGUUUUGUCUGUGGAGUUUAACAUUUUAUCUCUUAGUGUGCUUACAAACAAUGUUAAGUCUAACAUCUGGAAAAAUUGAAACUUUAAAGUUUCUUUAUUUUCAUUUGUCUUUAUUUAAUCAUCCUUAAAGAAGAUUCCUACAUUCCACUAAGGUGAUUAAAAUAUUGCCUAACCUGAUAGUAUGAAGUGUAACUAAAAAUUAUGAUAUUUGUAUUAACCUACAAGCUGUAAUACUGCCUUUUGUUGUGCAAUUUUGCUGAAGAAUUGUCUUAAAAAUUUGACUUUAAUGAUAAUGAAGGUUUCUUCUGUGUGAGAGGUGAACAAAACAAGUAAUAAAUUAAUUUUUGUGAUCCUAA